CUUUGGAGAGUGCGGCAGGAUGUCUGGACCCAUAGAUGACCCGUUUGUUCUGUCUCUCCCAGGGAAAAAGUCCGGAGUGGGGAAAUUCUUUGCCAAAGAGUCAAGUCCCACCAGGAAAGUGCCGUCAUUAUGUGGAACCAACUACCCCCUGAGUAUUAUGUUCAUCAUCGUGAACGAGUUCUGCGAACGAUUCUCAUACUAUGGCAUGAAAGCCGUCCUCACCCUGUAUUUCGUGAAUUAUCUGCACUGGGAUAGGAACUUGUCCACCACCGUCUACCACGCCUUCAGUGGUCUCUGCUACUUCACCCCCAUUAUUGGCGCCCCCAUUGCUGACGCUUGGCUGGGAAAAUUCAACACCAUAUUUUGGCUCUCCAUCCUGUACGUCAUUGGUCAUGUGAUCAAAUCCGUGGGCGCCAUUCCAACGGUGGGGAACACAGAGGUGCACGUGGCGCUGUCUAUCAUCGGGCUGAUCGCCAUUGCAUUUGGUACUGGUGGGAUUAAGCCGUGCGUCUCUGCCUUCGGAGGUGACCAGUUCAAGGAAGAACAUGUACAAGAAAGAGCCAAGUUCUUCUCCAUCUUCUACUUGGCCAUCAACGCCGGGAGUCUCAUCUCCACCUUUGUGACCCCUGUGCUCCGAGGAGACGUCCAGUGUUUCGGCACGGAUUGCUACGCGUUGGCGUUCGGAGUCCCAGCUGCACUGAUGUUAUUUGCACUCAUUGUGUUUGUCAGCGGCAGCGGCAUGUACCAGAAGUAUCCGCCGCAGGGGAACAUAUUGGGCUCGGUCUUCAAGUGCAUUGGUUUUGCCAUCAAGAACCGCUGGAACCAUCGCUCCAAAGAACAUCCCAAGAGGGAGCACUGGCUGGACUGGGCCAGCGAGAAGUAUACGAAAAAACUGAUCACAGAAGUGAAGAUGGUGACGAAGGUCCUGUUCCUGUACAUCCCUCUGCCCAUGUUCUGGGCGCUCUUCGACCAGCAGGGAUCCCGCUGGACUCUACAGGCUACAAGAAUGAACCUGGAUUUUAAAGGAUUCGUGGCUCAGCCCGACCAGCUACAGAUCCUGAACCCUCUCCUCAUCCUCAUCCUCAUCCCCGUCUUUGACCUCGGCAUCUACCCUCUGGUCAAACUCUGCAAGAUCAACUUCAAGCCUAUUCCCAAGAUGGCAAUUGGUAUGAUCAUAGCAGCCCUGGCGUUCGUAGUGGCCACAGUGGUAGAGAUCAAAAUCAUAGAAACAAUUCCAGUGGCUCCAAAAGCCGGAGAAAGUUUUCUGCAAGUCAUGAAUUUUGCUGACAGCGAAGUGACAGUCAAUGGUACGAUGCAAGUGCCGGCGCUGGACCUCAAAGACUUCAAGGAUCCACAAUACCUGACUCUGAAUUUCGCUGGCACACAGAAUGUGACUAUCAGUCUGGGGGACAAACAGUUCUGCUCCAUUCAGAUCAAAGAAGCAACAACAUAUUCUCUGGCUGUAGAUGGCAGAAAAUGCAUAGCAGUUACAGAUCCCAAUGAAAAACCAGAGAACGGCUUAGCGGCUGUGAGGUUCCUCAAUAUGCUGGAUGAGAGGGUCUCCAAUAUCUCAUUCUCGGGAGAACUCGUCCACGCCGAACCAAACUCCACGACCAAUUACACAACGCUGAAGAGAGGGAAAGUCAUGGCCACGGCUCUCAUAGGUGCCACAGAAUACUCCAUUGACUUGGGGCUGCUGGAUUUCGGAGGAGCGUACACCGCUGUAUUGAGAUCAAACAACCCCACUGACAAAGUGAUUGAAGCCGUUGUAGUAGAGGACGUUGCGGCAAACAGUUUUCACGUUGCAUGGCAGAUUCCGCAGUACUUUCUCCUCAGUGCCGGGGAAGUCAUGUUCUCCAUCACAGGCCUGGAAUUCUCAUAUACUCAGGCUCCAUCCAGCAUGAAGUCCGUCCUCCAGGCCGGGUGGCUGCUGACAGUCGCGUUUGGCAACGUGAUUGUGCUGAUCGUUGCUCAGGCAGCAACCCUGGAACAGUGGGCGGAGUUUGUCCUCUUUGCCGGUCUUCUGAUCGCCGUCUCCAUCAUCUUCUCGAUUAUGGGCUAUUUCUAUGUUCCUGUAAAUCCUGACGACUUGAAGGAAGAGGAUGAGAAGGCGGACAUUGACCAGGAUGAGAAGAAGAAGGUUCCCGACUUCUACGAAAUGGUUCCAGAGGGAAACUAUGAGGAGAAGAAAACGAAGAUCUAGAGGGACGGAGGCAGGACAAGCUGCGGCGACUGGGGGGGUCAUUAUUAGAAGUUGUGAGGCAACAACAGGAGUAUCAGUGGGAAGCAGCAUCAAUCUGUGACGCCGCUGCCCGCCCCGAUCAUAUAUUCACAUUCAUCUACUUCCUCCAAGGAGAUUCUUCUUCUGUUCUUCCUUACGAUGAACUCGACUCUCGUCCAGGAUGUCUCCUCCACGUCCCUCUGUUGUACCGCACUUUAUAAACACAAGAGACGAAACAAUCUGGGUAAUUGCUGCACGUUGUACAGUCUCAUGUCAUUACCUUUAAUCAGAGGAAAGCAGCGUGACGCUUGGGGCCUUGGUUGGGGUCCUAAAAUCUGUUUUUGGGUCCCAGAACAGUCUAGGUCGCACUUGGGGCCCCAUGCAGCGCUGACAUAAAUCAUUUACAUUGUUGUAAAUAUUGUCAUGCAUUUUAUGGGAUACUGUGAUACAUUGCAAGGAAUCUAUGAAACAUUGUACAGAAUACUGUGAUACAUUAUAUAAGGAAUCUAUGAUACAUUAUACGGAAUACUGUGAUACAUUGUACUGUUUACAAAUAAACACAGAA